GGCAGGGGCAGGGCCAGGGCAGAGUACUUGGCCCUGAGCUGCCCAGGAAACCCCACUCCUGACGGGGCGAGCUCCCGCUGUGCCCCUGAACAGAAUCGGCAUGAGGCGCCCCCUGUACACCGGCCCCGGCCGCGGCCCUGCCUGGGACGGACUGCUGCUCACAGGCACCCUGCUCGCAUCCUGCAUCUGCCCUGCCUCCUCGGAGCUGCCCGCCUCUGCGCCUCCAGACACCGUGACAGAAGGAGCCGGGGCUCUCCUUCCUGUCCCCAGGAGCCGCGAUGGCCUUCUCUCCACUUCCUGGUCCCGAGUGCACGAGGCCCAGCAAGACAGCCCGGUCUUCUCCCACGAGGGCCUCCGGGGGCCCGGCCACGCUGGCCGCGCGAUGCCGGGUGCCCCAGCCAGCCCGGUCAUCAGAAACAUGACCAGCUACCCUGCGGUGCUGGACCCCAGGAGGGGACGCAGGAGUGUGGCAGAGCAGACACAGGACAAGGACUUCGAGCUGCUGCUGCUCACCUUCCCGGAGACCUCGCUGGGCGUCGUCCGCAGCGAACUCAACUUCUCGGUGGUCCUGGGGUGUGUGCCCAACCGGAUCGCGCCCUCGCUCCUGAUCCACUGGACCUUCCACGGGCAGCCCCGGGGCACCGGGGAGAAGCUGCUCCUCCGGCGGCUGGCCCGGGAGCACCUGGGCACCUACACGUGCUCGGCCCGGAGCAGCCAGGGACAGCCCUCCGCCAAGUCCGUGGACGUCUCCCUGCCGGAAGCCGACAUGGGCUCCAUGGAUGAGCCCAUCGACCCGGACCCCGUCCUCACGCUGUCAGGAGGAUCUGCCAUCGCCCUCCUGGUGGCCGGAUGUGUGGGGCUGGUGGUCGUGAUGCUGGGAAUCGGCUCCGCCAUCGUCCAGAUCCAAAGAUCUGACAGGGGAAGGAUCCAAAGAUGCUGCUGAAGUGUGAGUACGUGCCUGUCAGCCUGGGAGCUGAUGCCACAGAGGGUGGGAAGAGAAUCCUCUGUUCAGGGAUGAGAUGAAGUUUCCUGGGGGCUCCAUGGGAGAUCUCCUCCCUCCUGGUUUCCUGAUCAUGUGUUUGUUGUAUGUUCCCCCGUUGUUGAGAGCCCUGGGGACCAAUUAUCCAAGACACCCCAUCUGCCCCUCUCACCCAACUCCUGGAAACCACCCCCACAAGCAGUGUAUAUAUUUCAUAAAACUCUUGGGAUGCCAGCAAAAAAAACUCACUGUAGUGCCUCAAUAAAAAAAAUA